AUGGCGGCGGCCGCCCCAAAGGCCGGGGGCUCCGUGCCUGAGGCGGGGGGUUCCGCUGAAGCCCCCUUGCAGUACAGCCUUCUUCUGCAAUACCUGGUGGGAGACAAGCGUCAGCCCCGGCUCCUGGAGCCUGGGAGCCUGGGCGGAAUCCCGAGUCCGGCCAAGAGUGAGGAGCAGAAGAUGAUCGAGAGGGCGAUGGAAAGCUGCGCCUUCAAGGCAGCGCUGGCCUGCGUGGGAGGAUUUGUCUUGGGAGGUGCAUUUGGAGUUUUUACUGCUGGCAUUGAUACCAAUGUAGGCUUUGACCCUAAGGAUCCUUACCGUACACCGACUGCAAAAGAAGUUCUCAAAGACAUGGGACAGAGAGGAUUAUCCUAUGCCAAAAAUUUUGCCAUUGUGGGUGCCAUGUUUUCCUGUACUGAGUGUCUGGUAGAAUCUUACCGGGGCAGAUCAGAUUGGAAGAACAGUGUCAUCAGUGGCUGCAUCACUGGAGGAGCCAUUGGUUUCAGAGCUGGCUUAAAGGCUGGGACCAUUGGUUGUGGAGGUUUUGCUGCUUUCUCUGCUGCAAUUGAUUAUUACCUACGGUGAGAGUAAUUGCCUGUGGGGAAGGAGGACGCCAGCCCAGGAUUAAAGCUGUUUUCCGGAGGAGAGUUUCUGUACCACUUGGCACUUGCUUCAGGGGCUGAAGACAUUUGUUUUCCUUCAUAUAGUUGGUGUUUUGAGGGAGCCUCCUGGCUGUUCUCUGUCUCUAGCAGUCAGAGCAACCACACUCUGUGCUGCUCCUGGAUUCCAGCCAGCCUUUUCAGGGGAUGGCUAUGCCAGAUUGUCUCCUUGGAGCCUUCAGGAGACAUUGUGUUGACUGUUAGGAAUUAAACUCCACAAAGGCUCAGUCCUAACCACAUCCUGUCCUCUGGGUUAUGGGCAUGGAGGUGGCAGUAUGUUCAUAUAUACCCAGGAAGCUCCUUUGCCUUGGAACACCGUGCAAGCAUUCAUCUCGCAUGCCAGGGCAAGGCAGAGUAAAUUCAUGCCAUUCAACCAAUUAUGUCAUUUUGUUUUGUUUAGUGUUCUGCCAUUCUUGUUAAAAGUAUAUAUAUAUUUAUAUUACAGUUUAAA